AUGCCGAUUCCUCCACCAGCAAUAACUAACCCGGUGUGGACGCCCGUUUCCUACAGGCCACCCUGCAGGGCCGGCCCAGGGGCGUGCACGCGUGAGACACAGCUCAGCCCCGGCAGCCGCGCCGGCCAGGCGCCCGCGCCCCCGGCUCCCCAGGAAGCCGGACGGUGCGGGAAGACCCUGCGGGGCCCGGGCGUGCGGCGAACGCACCGCUGGACAAGCAGGCACCGCACUGGGGCACAGCCUCAGUGUGGUCACCCACUCGGCGUGACCUUGGGGAAAGGAUGUCGUCCUGCCUCCACUCCCCGCUCCGUGACGGGGGAAAUCGGGCACCGCACCGCGUGCGCACGGGCGCAGGACCACCCCGCAGCAGGCGCCGUUCCGAGCAGCCUCCCGCCCCGGCGCCGGCCCCGACUCGGCCGCAAGAAGGCCGCCCGAGCCUCCCAGCCAGGCGGGGGCCGUCGGCUCACAGCCCGUCGGGGCUCGCGAUGGCACGACCGGCCGCCGCCCGAGGACGGCUCCCAGGAGCACGACCGGCCGGGACGAGCGCCCCGUCCCCGGCCGCACACACAGACGCGGCGCCGAGGGCGCUACCGCCAUGGCUCCUCCGCGCCGGCAGCAGCGGGCGCUCCCAGGCGGCGCAGGGCGCGGGCACGGCCGGCGGGGGGGCGAGCAGGCGGCCGGCUCCGGGACGCGGCGAGGCGCGCGGGGAACUCCCGCACACUUGCACGGACCCGAGCCAACUCUCCCGGAACACUUUCCGGCCCCGCGUGCACACACCCGCACACCGACUGCUCACGGCCACACUCGCCGUCCCCGUCCAAACUCCCCAGGACACCCGCUCAACUCGCACCCCGGGCCGGACAGCGCGCGCCGGGCCCGGCACCCCCGGCGAGCCCCCCCCGCCCCGCCCCGCCCCUGCCCCCGGGGCCGGGGGAUGCUCCCGCCGAGCACCAACUAACCUGUCAGGGGCCCGGGCGGCUCCGCCUCCGCCCGCCGACUUUCCCGCCCCUCCCCCAGCCCCGGAGCCCGCCCGCCAGGGACACCCCUUCCCCCCCUCCCCCCCGCCGGGAGGGACUUCCCGGGCCGCUCAGGAUCCCCUCGCCUCGCUCCCCUCCCCCACCCCGCCGCCGCUCUCCCGGAGGUCCAGGUCCGGGAGGUGACAGGGGCGCCCGGGCCGCCCAGGCUCGCCUCGCGCACGGAGCACUUAGGCCCGAAGCCUCCGCGGGCGGCUCUGCUCACCGUGUCAGAGGCCGAGGCCGAGCGAGAGGAGAGUGCAGGGAAGUGGGGAAGGGGGGCGGCCGCCAAGCAGGCUCCUCGGCGGCCCCGGGUCGGCGGCGGCUCCCUGCCGCUUGUCAGGAGGCGUCCCGCGGGGGCGCGGACGGGCGGAACCGCGACGCGCACGCCCGCCCGCACGCGCCGGACGGGCUCCGGGCUCGCCUCGCUCUCCCCCCGACCCCCGCCUUCGGCCGCCUGGCGCGCCCGCCGGCCCGUCGGCGCUCGCUCGGGGGCGCCCGCUCGCACGGCCCCCCGCCCCCCCCUCGUCCCCUGUCAGGACGGCCGGGCGCGGGCCCUCACGCGUACCUUCGGCGGCGCGAGCCCCAGCCUCCUCCUCCUCCACCGCCUCUUCUUUCCUCCCCCCCCUUCCCCGCCCCCACGGCCACCAACCGCCGCCACGGCCGCCGCCGCCGCCGCCGCCGCCCCCCCCACAUGCCCUCCGCCCCUCGCGCGUGCGCCUCCCACAAUCCCCCCCGCCGGACCGUUCCAUUCCGCCGCCGCGGGAGCGGGUUGGGGGAGGCCCGGAGCCGCGGCGGGGCCGCCGUGAGGGCUGCAGCCCGGGCGAGGGGCGGGCGGGGGCCCGGGACGACUCACCGCCGCGGCCGCCGCGCCGCGCCCCCGACGCUGGCUUCGCGCUCGGCCGCCGGGCCCCGGUGGGCGCGUCGAGGGCGGCCCGGCUCCCCUCCGCCGGCUGGCGGGUGGACGCCGCGGCGGCUGCGCGCUGAGCAGCUUCCUGCCGAACGGCCCGAGCUCGCCGGGCGUUUGCGGGCAGCGCGGGGAGCGGCCGGCCUUCGGCGUCGCGUGCGGCUAGCGGCCCCGGGACCCUAG